AUGGCGUGGAUGGAGCAACUACGCAUACUGGAUCAGCGGUUUGAAUUGGAGGCAGACGAAACAGCCUAUAAGUUACACUUGGUACAUGUUCGAAGAUGUCCUAUGCUUUUGGGCUGCCUUUGCCUUCAUGGGUCGUUUGCAGUCUCACAGGCUUUGUGGUUGUUGCCGAUCACCGAAGAACGGGAGCUCUCCUUAGGAGAGACCAUCCAUUGCUUCAGCGUUUUCAUACUGUCCAUCCUCAGUUUGAUCCUCUCCAUCGCCUCCGCUUUAUGCCCAAGGAGUAGCUGGUCCUGGGAGCCCUUCUGGGCUUUCCUGGGCUUCAGCAGCUCCACACUAUUGGCGACCAGGUGGCAUAUGAUUCCAGAGGAAGGACCGUCUACAGCCAUACUCACGAUCCUAUCUGUGGUCGUAUCUUUGGCAGCCCUGCCCCUUCGAUUGUGGCUCUCAGCGAUCCUGUCGUGCUGUGCUGUGCUUGCCACCUUCAUAUCAAGUUGGUUGAAAUCUGAAGGCCAAUAUGAUGCUGGGGCAGGUCUCUGUUUCCUGAUUUUGCUGCUGCCCAUUUUUUGGUCCUACGAGAAAGACCAGCGUCAGAUAGUUCUACAGGAGGCGAUCCGAAAUCUGUCACCCAAACCUCUCGCCUGGACGUCGGUGCUGGGGUCAGGCGGCAGCUUCCUGCCCUCUGAUUUCAUGAAUCGCACUGCGAGCAAUCGUGCCGGAAAGCGAGAGGUGAAGGCUGCAGUACUUCGCUGCCGAAGCGACCUGAGGAUAGAGGAUUGCGGGUCCCACGAGCAUGCUUUCUUCGGGGAAGAUGUCUCGGGUAGGGAGUUGUUGAAUUUCUUCAAGGGUGAAGAUCGAAAGGCAGUUGCAAUGAUGUUGUCGGACGAGAUUCGAGAUCCGGUCUCGGCCCAUACUGAUUGUUUUCAAGGCCGCCGCAUGGUGGCCCGCAUCACUUUGACCGGUGUGACUGAGCCCAAGUGGCUGGCUGUAUUUUGCAAGGCGGAGCAUGCCAUUGAACUGCCGUCAAAAGCCAAGCUGAUCGACAGCAGCACCCAGACACCGGAGGAGGAAGGAACAGAGAGCCGGAAAGCGAAUCGAAACAAGACCUGGGCAGCUUCGCCCUUGGAGGCUGGGAUGUCCUGCCCGACCACUCUCGGAGGUGAGUUCCGGAAGGCCAAGCGCAAGGCGUCCACGUUGCCCUUACGACCUCGCUCCCCGGGGGUCGGCCGCUCACGAUCGCCUUCAUUGGAGAUCUUCUCGGAGGCGGCAGAUAUACGGCGAAGAGACAUUUCAGAGUUCGGUGAGGUGAGUUUGGAAUUGUCGUCCGUGACACAGCAGAGGAAUGAGUCCUCACAUUUGGACCCCGCACGCUCCAGCAGCUUGGGAGCGCGCGGCAAACGGGUGAGUUUGCUGACACCCAGUGACUGGCGACCCUCAGAUGGCAGAAGCUUGAGCUACAGCUUUUCCAUUUCACAAAAUUCCGGCUCUAACCAUUCCAAGGCAAAGUUGGACAACACCACCCAAACAGAUAUCGUGUGGAGCAACCUGGGUUGGCACUGCCGUGCCUGUUCGAAGCCCCCCAGGCCGGACGCUGGUUUGGUGCGAUCGCAAAGCAGGCCAGCGUAUCCAUCGUACGGUGUGGUCAGGAAUAUGCAGGGAGGGUGGAGCUUGGUGCACGGCCCUGUGGGUGUGGCAGAGUGGCUUCAGGAAUUCAUGAUAGCCGGCACCACAGUUCAUAGCAAGACGCUGCAUUUUCCUCUGCUUUUAGGCACCGACGGGACGGUGGAGAUGGCUGGCGGCCAGCUGUCCCUGCUAGCGGAUGGCACCCUGCGGAGAGUGGGGAAAUCCGGUCAUAGCUUUUACUUCCAGCGUGCUGAUGUCGAAUUUGAUCUGCCGGACACGGGUCUCGAGCAGGUGCACCAAGAAGGCGAAGAAGAGGAGGACAUGCCGCCCCCGCCCCGGAGUGGGACUAUGCACAGUGUGAGGAUCGGAUAG